AAAGCGGCACCAGCUUCAGCAGUCACUACGGACUUGUACUGCUCCGCCGACGCCGAUUCUGUGUUUUAAUUCUAACAAAUGGCAGCGAGAAAGGUUGUUAUUUUCGAUUUAUUGGGAUGCGUUCAAACUCCCCGUCCUCGUCAGAUUUUUCGGAAAUAUGAGGAAUCCCUUGGGCUGCCGAGGGAUUUCGUCUAUGAGACGGUCGAGAAGCGCCCUGAGAGCGCUUUGCACAGAGCAGAGAAGGGGAGGCUCACCUUCACUCAGAUGAUUUCGGAGUUGGAGGCAGAGUUUCAGAAGGGAGCAUCCGAUGAGAGCGUGUCUCUACCCCCCCAAUUCUCGGUGCAGAAGCUUUUCGAGGACGCCAGAGAAGCUGUGAAAUUCAACACCACAAUACUUGAGACUACUGCCAAGCUGCGUCAUCAUGGCAUUCGCACGUGUGUGCUGGCCAAUACCUGGAUGGAUGACUCUGCCCAGCGUGAGGGCACUGCCAGGAUCCUCUCAGUGCUGCAUGGCCAUUUUGACCUCAUCCUGGAGUCCUGCCAUGUGGGUGCCCGAGUCCCUGAGCCGGCCAUGUUCAGCCUCGCGUUGGACCAACUGAGUGUCGCACCCCAACAGGUGGCCUGGCUGAGUGCUGUUGAGCCAAACCUGAAGGCAGCUCAGGACAUGGGCAUGAGUGCAAUCCUGGCUGAAGAUACAAGCGAAGCUCUGAAGAAGUUACAGGUCCUUCUGGGUGUGGAGCUGUUGGGUUCUGAUAUGCGUCCCAUUUCCACUAAUCCUGAAGAAGUUGCUCAUGGCUUUGUCACCAUUAAGCCCGGGGUGACCACCCACUUUGUGGAUGUGGGGGAAGGGCCUGCAGUUCUUCUGUGUCAUGGCUUUCCAGAGAGCUGGUUUUCCUGGAGGUACCAGAUCCCAGCUCUGGCUGAUGCAGGCUUUAGGGUCCUGGUGCCAGACAUGAAAGGUUAUGGUGACUCUACAGCACCCUCUGACAUUGAGGAGUAUUCUCAGGAACAGAUCUGUCAGGAUUUGGUGACCUUCAUGGAUAAAUUGGGUGUUCCACAGGUGACACUGGUGGGCCAUGACUGGGGCGGCGCACUGGUGUGGAACAUGGCUCAGUUCCACCCGGAGAGGGUGAGGGCUGUAGCAUCACUGAACACUCCCCUCUUUCCUGUGGAUCCCAACUCUGACCCAUUGGAGAAGCUGAAAUCCCUCCCCAUCUUUGACUACCAGAUUUACUUUCAGGAACCCGGUGUUGCAGAGGCAGAGUUGGAGAAGAACCUCGAGAGAACCUUCAAAAUCAUGUUUUUUGGGAGCGGAGAGGAAGACAAGAGACCUGCAAUAAGCACAGCUGGCGUUUGCAAAAGAGGUGGCCUGUUUGUGGGGUUACCAGAGGAAAUUCCCAGAAGUUCCAUUCUUAGUGAAGCAGCCCUGAAGUACUAUGUGCAGCAGUACAGUAAGAGUGGCUUCAGGGGACCGUUGAACUGGUACCGUAACAUCGAGAGGAACUGGCGGUGGUUCUGUUCCAAACCAAGGGGAAAGAUAUUGAUGCCUGCCUUGAUGGUGACCGCAGGGAAGGAUCCAGUUCUCCUGUCGGCCUUCUCCACUGGCAUGGAGGCCAUGAUCCCAAACUUGACCAGAGGCCAUAUUGAUGAAUGUGGACACUGGACACAAAUGGAAAAGCCUGUGGAACUGAAUAAGAUCCUGAUCUCCUGGCUCAGGGAUGUCCACCAGAAGGCCUCUAUCACCAUGUCCCCAAAGCUGUGAAACAGGGACCCCCACCACCCCCACCAGCCACACUGGUCUCAAACCAUCACUAACAAACUCAAAGGCCACUGCAGUUAGAUCUGAGCAUAUUGUAAGUUUCUCCUGUACACCAGGAGGAAUUUAUCUGAUCCAUCUGUUUUCUGUUGAAUACUUCUAACAUAUCUAACAGUUCUAACAAACGUAGUGCAUAUCACACAGGAAAUCCUACACAUACAGCAUGCAUAUGACAUGCUGCAGUACCCUUACAACUAGCG